AUGAAGUUCUUCACGAUUCUUAUCUUUUUCCUUGUCUUUCCCAUUGCAUUUGGUGAUCUGAGAGUUGGAUUCUAUCACUCUAGCUGCCCCAGAGCAGAGAAAAUCGUUCGACAAGUUGUUCAAAGGAGAUUCAACCGGGAUCGAUCCAUUACUGGUGGCUUGCUACGCAUGCACUUUCAUGAUUGCUUUGUCAGAGGCUGUGACGCGUCCAUAUUAAUAGACUCAAACAGGGGCAACCAAUCGGAGAAAUCGGAGAAAGCCGCAGGGGCAAACGGUACCGUUCGGGGGUUCAAGCUAAUAGACGAUAUAAAAAAAGCUUUAGAAACUGCAUGUCCUUCAACGGUUUCAUGCGCAGAUAUAAUAACCCUAGCCACACGCGAUUCCGUGGCCAUGGCAGGUGGGCCCCGAUACAAUGUCCCAACAGGAAGGCGUGAUGGUCUCGUGUCCAGAGCCGCCGAAGUGUUCUUGCCAGGACCACGUUCGACUGUGUUGCAGGCGCAGCAAACCUUCACCGCAAAUGGCCUGUCAUUGGAUGAAAUGAUCGCACUCUUGGGAGCACACACGGUGGGAUUCGCGCACUGUAAUUUCUUCCGCGACAGGCUCAACGACUCCAACAUGGACCCUAAUUUGCGGGCCAAGUUAGGCCAGACUUGUAGACCCAUGGGCCAAGAUCCGACGGCUUUUUUGGACCAAAAGACGUCCACGGUUUUUGACAAUGAAUUCUAUAAGCAAAUCAUUUUAAAGAGGGGUGUGCUUUUUAUUGAUCAACAAUUGGCUUCAGACCCUUUGUCGAGUAGGUUGGUGUCGACUUUUGCUGGGAAUAGUGCGGCUUUCAAGAAGAGUUUCGUUGAUGCUAUUGUGAAGAUGGGGAGCAUUAGGGUUUUGGUUGGGACAAAUGGAGAGAUUAGGAAAAAUUGUAGGGCUUUUAACUAA